AUGCGUGCUAAAAUACUUUGCCAUGAAAAGAUCAUUAAGAUUCCUUUAGAUAAUGAUGAAGUGCUUAUAGUUCAAGGCCAUAAGGCGGGAAUCCAGCCCAAAAUAGUGUCGUCCAUGAAAGUGAGGAAGUAUUUACGUAAGGAAUAUCACACGUACUUGGCACAAGUAGUGGAUAAGCGAGUGAAAGACAAGGACCCUCUUAAGGUGAAGGUGGUUAGAGAUUUCCUAGAUGUAUUUCCGGACGAACUACGUGGACUUCCCCCUGCGAGACAAGUAGAGUUUACAAUUGAUUUAGUUCCCGGGGCAACCCCCGUAGCUAAAGCACCGUAUAGGCUAGCACCCUCCGAAAUGUCAUACUUGGACAAAUUCGUGAUAGUAUUCAUUGAUGACAUUCUGAUAUACUCUAGAAGUAAGGAUGAACAUGAGAAACAUCUAAGAAUAAUCUUGCAAUUACUUAGAGACGAGAAGCUAUACGCAAAGUUUUCUAAGUGUGAAUUUUGGCUCCGACAAGUCCAAUUUCUUGGACACAUUGUGAACAAAGAAGGAAUCCAUGUAGAUCCGGCCAAGAUAGAAGCGAUUAAGAAGUGGGAGACACCCAAGUCGCCAAUGGAAGUGCGUAGCUUCCUAGGUUUGGCAGGCUAUUAUAGGAGAUUCAUCCAAGGAGAUUCAUCCAAGGAUUCUCUAGGAUUGCAGUAG